AUGGACUCGAAUGAAGCUGAUCCAGAGAUCCCGGAAUCUCAUGCCCCCGACCACCAUCCAGAGGUCGCGCGUGCUACGCAAUCAGCUCCCAUCCCAGCUAUCGAGAAGGGUGAUGCGACGGACAAGGCCGAACAACCCGACACCGCGAUGAGAGAUAAUCAUAAGCCUCUGGGGCAUGACUAUCUCGAUAUUGGUGACGAGAUCCAGGCCUUGAAAGCUAAGAUACUUGAGCUGGAGCAUCAUGCCAAGGCUACCCCCGAUGUCCCUACGCAGGAAUCCUCCAAUCCACAAUUGAUGACGGAAAUGGAACAAUACAAACGGAUGGAAGCAUGUCUUUACCGGCAUCGAAAAGAAUGGGAGCGGGCCGGUGGGCCCCAGGAAUGGCACAUGCGUUGGCUACAGAGCAAUGGAUACCACAUCAAGCCCGACGGUUAUUCACGAGUUAUAGAUGGGCCAUGGCGCUAUCACUGGCCCAUCAACAGCUCACGAGAUUACAACCGCCCCGACCCCUUUGACUCUACCCACGUAUGCGCGGACGGGCAGUAUGACACUGAGCCUCCUCAUUUCGAUGACUUCGACCACACUAUUGACUACGGCAGCCGCCGCGAGAGGCUUCGCAAGAACUUUGAAUGGGAGAUGGACCGCCUCUAUUUAGUUGAAGAGAUGGAGCGUCGCAAGAUGGAAAAGAGCCAGGAAAAGCAUAUUCCACAAGAUGAGAAGCCCAAGAAAGAUGAGCAACCAAGGGAGCAAGAGCCUAAGCCUCCAGCCAUAGAGCUCAAUCGGUUUGAGUGGUUCAACUUCAAACGGUCAACGAGUGACGGCGGUUUCGUCAUUGAAGUCCUCGAAGGCGAGCCCAUCCUCGACGAUCUUGGGCCCUAUCGGUCUUGUCGGCAUGAAAUCAAAUCUGGCCAAGAUGAAGAAGAUCAGGACGAGGAAGAGAAAAGCACGGAAGAUGACGAAGAUGGGAAGGAUAAGAAGGAUGAAGAAGAUGAUACAAAGUCACCAAUGGCACUGGAACACUUGAAGUGCCUCCUGAGGUUUGUGGACUCCGAUAUCUCGACUCGUCGGACGUACCUAGACGAUCCUUCCUGCCGCAAGAUCGUUUUCUCCGACCUGUGGCUACUUUUCCGACCAGGAAUUGAAGUCAUCGGGACCGACGGUAAACAGGCCUACCGUGUUGUUCAUACGACCAGUGCCAAACAUCGUGUCACACCCGCCUGGCAAACAUGGCUGAACCAUUCAGCAAAGAAACGGAAAGACUCGCCAUUCAGCAUCACCUGCGUCUACAUAGACUUCAAUGGGAGAGAUUUGGGACCCGUGCAAAGAGUGUUUGAUUUCAAAAAAUUCGACGGUGAGACGGAGAUUGUUUCCUUAGAGGUCUAUCCUCUUCGAUUCCAUCCCGCGAAAGAGUCAAACUUCAGUGAGAUUGAGUGGAAGGAGCUCGCGACAUUCCCUACAGCGGAUCGACACCGUCAGAGACUAAUAAAUCGUGGCGCCAAGUUUCUUGAGGUGGCUGCGGUGAAGCACAUGUACUAUGCCGGACCAACGUUGGAGGUGCGGGAUGAGGUUGAGAGCCAGGUCGUGAUUGAUUUUGAAACAGCAUUUUCAACGGGAGGAGAUACUGGUAUAUCAUGGAAGCCCGAGCUGAAACCGCUAGUUGGCAUUCCGACCUCCGAGGAAGACACGGAGGAGGAAGAAGAAUACCCUUGCAAUGCAGAGUGUUGCAACCGCCAAUCUGUCCACGAUGAUUCUUAUGUGGACCAAAAGCAGAGGGACGAGUACGUGGAGAGCCUUUUACCCAAGGGUAGUGCAUCAGACGAACAGCCGUCGAUUGCCAUCAUUCCACGACCCCUGAGAGAACUGCGAACCGGCUACGAGAAGGAGUUCUCCGUAUCUGAUGAUGAGCUGGUCAUCAUGUCAUAUCGAGUCUUCGGAUUUGUUCUUCGCAGUCGAAAAUGGGCCAAAUUAGACCUCUCCCACUUGAGUGAAGCUCAUCCCCCAGAUCUUUUGUCUACAACGACUACGCCACAAGGACUGCAUGAGAAAACGGAAGCAAAUAAGUCGACCACCGCAUUUGGUCGCCUCGUCCUCGAAAAAGGACAUAAGCGCAUGAUUGAGUCGCUAGUAGCCCAGCAUUUUCGAGAUAAGCAGUCCAAGGCUGGCCGGAGAGAGGAAUUCGACAUCGUCAGGGGGAAAGGAAAAGGGCUUAUUCUGCUUCUCCAUGGUGCUCCUGGUGUAGGGAAGACGUCAACAGCUGAGGGAGUUGCCGAGAUAUUCAAAAAACCUCUGUUCCAAAUUACUUGUGGUGACCUUGGAACAACCGCAUCAGAAGUUGAGAGGGCGCUUGAAACCAAUUUUAGCCUGGCAAACCGAUGGGACUGCAUUCUUCUCCUCGACGAGGCUGAUGUGUUCCUCGCGGAAAGAAGUAAAGAAGACUUUCAGAGAAAUGGGCUUGUGGCAGUGUUCUUGCGAGUAAUGGAGUACUAUGCCGGUGUUCUCUUCCUGACAACCAACCGCGUCGGAGACUUUGAUGAGGCUUUCACCUCGCGCAUCCACAUCAGCCUCUAUUAUCCAGAACUGAGCCAAGCCAAGACAGAGUCAAUCUUCAAGCUCAAUAUGGACAUGAUUCAGGAGCGCUUCAAACAAAAUGGACGGAAGAUCAAAAUCAACACAUUUGACAUUGGCUCCUUCGCGACGAAACACUUCUCCGAUCAUCCGGAAGCACGCUGGAAUGGCCGACAGAUCCGCAACGCUUGCCAGACAGCGUUAGCACUGGCAGAGUAUGAAGCUCAGGGAAAUAGCCACGCCGCCACCCCCAAGCCCGAUAUUGAGGUCGAACUGAACGUGGAACACUUUGAGGUCGUACGAAAUGCCUAUCUCGAAUUCACCAAGUACAUGAACGACCUCUAUGAGAACGAGAACACUUUGGGAGGUAGCAGGGCAAUGGAUAGGGCGGCCUUCGCAUUCGCAUCACAGAUUCCUCACCAGCAACAACAACAGCAGCAGCAGCAACAUCAAGGAUUCCCCCAGGCACCCCCUUCACAUUACCACCAAAGGAUGUCUUCGCAAAUGGUGCAGCCCCAGCGGCAGCAGGAACAACCUUACUCCUCCUAUCAAAACCCCACUGUGCAGCAGUCCAACUAUCCUGAGCGAAGCCGCACCGGAGUUCCACCGCACAACCCAGCUCCGGAUCAGUGCAGGAGCAAUGUAACAGGUGGUAUGGCUUAUCCAUCUUUUGAUGGGUCCCAGCAAGGGUAUGAUCAGACCUACGCCCCUCGGCAGCCAUCGCCGAUGACGACCGCAGCUCGACAACAAGAGCAUCCAGCGAACCCACCUUGGCUAAGGGACAGCAUCCACUCCAUGUAUGAACCCUCGGGAGGCCAAAGCACUGGACAGGCGCCUCCUGGUAGCGUCUCACCCGGGCCGGUUGGUUACAUGCAAGGAAACCCCACCUAG